AGGGGAACAGGAGGAGGUGGCGGCAUCCGCGGCAGUCACGACCGGACACUGCUCAGGGUGGAGGACUGGCCACACGCGAAGCUUACCUUUGACCUCUCCCCGGCUGCUUCCGGCCUUGAUUUGUGAUCCUAGGCACUUUGGGGCUCUUCUGACCAUCUAGCCAGACCCCAGCCUGAAACCAUGUUCCCGGUGAAAGUGAAGGUGGAGAAAUCAGAGCUGGAGAUGGCCAAGGCCCGGAACCAGCUGGAUGCUGUUCUGCAGUGUCUUCUGGAGAAGAGUCACAUGGACAGGGAGCGUCUGGAUGAGGAGGCCAGGAAGACCCCUUCAGACGCCCACAACAAGGACUGCUCCAUCGCGGCCACUGGCAAACGGCCAUCCGCCCGAUUCCCCCACCAGAGGAGGAAAAAGAGGAGGGAGAUGGAUGAUGGGCUAGCCGAGGGUGGGCCACAGCGAUCCAAUGCAUACGUGAUCAAGCUGUUUGAUCGGAGCGUGGACUUGGCUCAGUUCAGUGAGAACACACCUCUGUACCCGAUCUGCCGAGCCUGGAUGCGCAACAGCCCUUCCGUGCGCGAGCGGGAACGCUCCCCCAGCUCACCGCUGCCCCCGCUGCCUGAGGAUGAGGAGCUCCUGGGCCACCUGGAGACACCUGCAGAUCCCGAAUUCCAUCCCCGCUCCAGCCUGAGACCCAGGGUGCCCCCGAUGACGAGCCCUCCGAGCCUGAGCCCUCACCCUCCACGCUCAUCUACCGAAACAUGCAGCGCUGGAAACGCAUCCGCCAGAGGUGAGCAGCCCCCAGCGUGCAUGAUCCCUGUGGCCUCUACUCCAACUGCUGAGCCCUCCCUCUGUCUUCCCACCCCCGCCACAGGUGGAAGGAGGCAUCCCAUCGGAACCAGCUUCGUUACUCGGAAAGCAUGAAGAUCCUACGGGAGAUGUACGAGCGACAGUGAUGUUCCCUUGUCCCCCCACCUCAAUAAACAUUCCCCUGCCCAA